CAACUAGUCCGUAAAGCAAGCUGAGACUGCCCACCAAGAAUGGAUGAUAAUUUCAGUAUUGGGGAUAAUUCGCUGCUGACACGACUCCAGCCCACCAUAACUAACACUCGGACUACAGCUGUAUAUUCCCGUUAGACAUUGGGCACGCACCACGCACGUAGCUUAGCCCAAAGCACUACUUUAGUCAAAAAACAAGGUUUUCAGCGGUUUCUGAGUCGACCACCUGGCGCUGCUGACACCCCCCUCGUUAACCCCCGCCGCGCCGCGACCACAACGGCCGGACCCCCUUCCCUCACGGGGACAUUCCGCGGCAGCUGAGGCUGCUCGGGGCCCCCCGCAGUCGGCGACAAGUGGCGACAUGGCGCGACAGGAGACGACAUGAGGAGCAGGCCGCCCGCCCUCACCAUGGCGCCGCCGCGUUGCCGGGACGACGGCCGCGCCCAGCGGAAGGGCGGUGCCGCGCGGUGCGGCCUUGCCGUAAAGCGGCGCGGCGUUACGGCAGAGCGCGCAGCCGGUAAAUUAACAAAAACAAUCGCGCAAGACUGCGGAGUUCAGCGAAAUGGGAGAAUGGCCAAUUCUUUACGAGGGGAAGUGCUGAAUCUUUACAAAAACCUGCUGUACCUCGGAAGGGAGUACCCCAAGGGAGCAGACUACUUUAGAAGCCGUUUGAAAGCAGCUUUUCUAAAAAAUAAAGAUGUGAAAGAUCCCGAAAAAAUUAAACAACUAAUUGCCCGAGGAGAAUUUGUGAUAAAAGAGUUGGAGGCUUUGUACUUUCUCAGAAAAUACAGAGCAAUGAAACAGCGCUACUAUGAUGACAAGGAGUAACCAGUAUUAAUGACUGUUUGUAAUGAUACAAAUCCAUAAAAGCAAUCAAUAAAAGAACUGUAACCUC